GCAGUGAGCGCGCCUUUGACCUUAAGUAAGGGUUUGUGUGAUCGAAGGAUCGGUCGAUCGGUUCUCCAACGUUCGGUGACAUCGAUCCAUCAUCGCGCGUGCGAUACCGAUCGGGAUUGACGACCUUAUAACAAUUUGCAGUGACGAGUGUUCAUGAAAGCGACUGUCAAUAGAUCAUCCUCAUGCGGUGCUGUAAGUGUUUCCUGGAGAAAACUCGACACGAGUUCACCAUUCAAAAGCCACUAAUCCAAAGUGCGAUACGGUAACGGCGAUAUCGCGCGGCGGUUUUUUCUCUCGAGGAAAAUGAAAUAUAUUUUCACUAAUAAAUAGAUAGCACAAAUAACAGAUAAGUGAUUCCGUGGCAAUCGUUAACCUUUGCUUGUACCUGAAAUCUCGAAUAAAUAAAUUAUAUUGACUAAUCUAGAGGUACUUUACUACGCACACGCGCUUCAGCAUUUUCCUCAUGAACAAGUUUACUUUUCCCGAACGCACUCGAAACGCUGGUAUAAUUACUAAAAGUGAUGCGGCGCUUUGAAAAAGUUGGAAAAUGAAGGAUACGCAACGAAAAGAGCAGGUUGUAAUCUCGAUAUAUCAAAGUGCAACGUGAAAUAUUUCCCUGCGCAAAGUAACGACGGUAACUUCUCACGUCACUUCGUAACGCUCGACGUAGAUAUAGCAAACAUAUAGUCAUCCAACUAUCGAUUUUUCCGUCCUACGUUCUCGAAAACAUCAUUACGUCAUUGUUGUCGAGCGAUGACGGAGAAAAGCGACGGGGUAGUUCGCGCGUGUAAGACUUAGUGGUGUAUAAAGUGAACUCCAAUAGACUGUGCAAGAAGAGGAUGUACAAUUACUCGAUCGAGUAACCUCGUUAAACGACGUAAGCAGUUCGCAUACAUAAAUAACGCGUGUAAUCGAGCUGAGCCCUUAAGGAGUUACGCGACUUAUUUAUAAUCCUCAGUUUCAUGUCGUAAGUCCAGCGGAGAGAAGAGGAAUAUCUCGCGUGCUCCGUGAACUGUACUUAAGUUUCUACUCUCAGGGCAUAGGUCGAGACCCUCUCCUAUCUUCUCCGCUCGUUAUCGUGAAAAGUGUAUAUCGGACGUUUUAUCCGAGGUCGGCCCGUAAAAAUCGGCCACGGCAACACUCGGCCUGGCUCGUCAGAUCGAUGCUCGACAGAUCCUCCACGUCUUGUGACGCGUGAGAUGUACCCAUUAGAUUCAAGAUUCCUGAUAACUUGACGGAUCGUCCAAAGAUUCAUCUCAUUGAAAGUUAUCAGCCGCGUUGGCUUCCACUUGAGCACGGGAGAUUUAAGGAGAAGAACCAGUGUCUGUGCGAGACGGUCCGGGGUCACCAAGAGCAAGGAUUCAUUCUGCUUACAAUGGAGAGGAUGCUUUUGCUGAUGAGCUUGCUGGCCCGGUUCGUCGUAGCGGAAGUUCUGCUCGACGAUGUCAACGAGCUACGAUCCGUAUUAGAUGUUAGCGCAGUGGCCGGUUUCAAAGCUCAGAUACCUUGCGACAUUGAUCCGCCGACCAAAGAUGAGACGGCCAUCAUGGUAUUUUGGUACAAAGACGGAAAAGACGGCAAGCCGAUAUACAGCAUGGACGCUCGGAGAAGUUCGGUUAAGGCGUCGCUGUGGUCGGAUCCGUAUGUGUUUGGUGAAAGGGCAGUUAUAAGGACGGAUGCGAAGCCCGCUAAGCUGGAGAUAGAUUCUUUAGAAUCUACGGAUGCUGGUGUAUACGAAUGCAGGGUAGAUUUUAAGAACAGUCCCACGAGAUAUCAGAAGAUUAAUCUCACGGUCAUAGUGCCGCCAAAAAAACCGGUGAUAUUUAGCGGCUCGUACGCUAGCGGAACUCCGAUUAAAGUACAGUCAACGUUUAACGAGGGAAGCAAGAUGUCUCUAUUGUGCGAAGUGAUCGGAGGGUCGCCUCCGCCACAGGUCACGUGGUAUAUCGAGAACAAAGUCCAAGAUGGCACGUACAUGCAGAAACACGACGAUAUAACGAUAAAUCGGUUGGACAUCCUGGUCACGAGGGACUUGCUGUGGGCGAGGCUAAUUUGUAAGGCGAACAAUACUCAGCUUAUGACGCCGUUGACCUCUGAGAUCACCUUGGACGUGAAUCUAAAGCCACUGGUGGUCAAUAUUACGACUAAACGAUCUCACUUAUCGGCGUUGAAAACGUAUGACAUCGAGUGUCUGAGUUCGGGUUCGAGACCAGAGGCUGUGAUCACCUGGUGGAAAGGUCUCCAUCAGGUGAAACACAUGGCUAGAAAUUUCGCAGAUAAUUCGAACGUCACGAGAAGCGUGCUGAGCUAUGUGCCAACUAUCGAGGACGAUGGAAAAUUCCUGACAUGCAGAGCGGAAAAUCCCGUGGUGCCUAACAGUGCCUUGGAGGACAAAUGGCAUCUACUGGUGUACUACGCACCGGUGGUGAGCAUUAGAUUGGGUCUUAGUUUGAAGGCGAAUGAUAUAAACGAAGGUGACGACGUGUACUUCGAGUGCGAAGUACGGGCUAAUCCGAAGUUUUAUAAGCUAAUUUGGUUCAAAGACGGCGAGGAGUUGCAUCAAAAUACCACCGCAGGAAUUAUUCUUCCCGGUGGUAAAUCGCUUGUCUUGCAAAAAGUGACGAAAGCCUCUGCCGGAGAGUAUACUUGCAUGGCGGUGAACGUCGAAGGAAGAACCACCAGCAGACCUGUAACUCUCGAAGUAAUGUACGCACCGAUCUGCAAAGACGGCUCUUCCACCCAAGUGGUCGGCGCCUUGAAGCACGAAACGAUUUCGCUGGUCUGUGGCGUGCAGUCGAAACCGCCACCCACGACCUUCCAUUGGACCUUCAACAACUCCGGCGAGCUGAUGAACAUGCCGACUACUAGAUUCACGCAGGUCAAGCUCAGUCUUAUCACGAACCACUGGCACAGCUCCAGGCUGAAUUACACGCCGGAAAACGAUAUGGAUUACGGCACGAUCGCCUGCUGGGCGAGAAAUCGGAUCGGGGUGCAGAGAACACCCUGUCUCUUUCAGAUCAUCGUUGCCGGGAAGCCCUAUCCUUUACAGAACUGUUCGGCCCUCCAGUCGACCGGACCCUAUGCGUAUCGAAUGGGUCACGAAGACUUUAAAGCCACCGACUCGAGGGACGCGGACUGGUUGAUCGUCAGGUGCUCCGAGGGAUUCGACGGCGGUUUGCCCCUGACUAAUUACGAGCUGGAAGUCUACAACGAAGAGAACGUUUAUCAUGUCAAUACCAUCUACCUGAACCACACCGAGAGAUCCGGCACGUCCGGUCCAGUUUUCGAAGUGCCCGGCUUGGAACCCGGACGGAAUUACAGGCUUCAUCUUUACGCCGUCAAUGCCAAAGGUCGCAGCGACCCCGUUGUCUUGGAACCGGUCACCCUCAAAGGAGUAGCAAUGUACACCACUGGUCGCGGGAUUUCGGACGAGACGACCGACUACAGCCUCCUAGUGGCGUGCUUCGCCGGCGGUGUAACAGCUAUUUGCAUUCUGAUCGUCGGGAUUACGUUAACGCUGUAUCGUCGCAGCCAUCCGACGCAAACCGCAAAGACGGAGCCGGCGGAGUACGCAGAGAACAAAGAGAACCGACGGCCACUGGUGGUACCACCGACGAACGAGGCAACUCAACGGGACAAUCUGAAGGAGCAAAUAACUGCGGAAUUGCCGGACGACGACCCAGAUGUAAUACCCAGCAAGGCCGUCGAGAGACGGCCAGACAUCUUCGAACCGUCCAGCUACGCAUCCGGCAAACCGUCCGAACGUGCCAAGGACUUCAGAUGUUUUGACGAUCUUGAUUAUCCGUCACCUUCGUCGGUGCUUCACGCCAAAGACUCCUCCUGGAUCUACCCGAACGGUUACGUGGAGAAGACCGAGAAAAGCUUGAGCCCGAUACGACCCAGCACACUGCCAGUGCACCGCACUCAUGAUAUCUACACGAGAAGUUUGCGUGUACAGGAGAGUUGUAUAUAGACGGAGAGAGUGGAUAUAAACGCGUUGCCGCGCAGAAACCCGAGAUGCGCUCCUCCGGAUACUCGCCAAAUCAUCACGCGCGAUUAUCGACGCUUGUAAAUAGACAAUAAAUAUCGUUAAGGAUCGAUCUUCCUUCCAAUCGACUUGUCAACACAUUCCUAUUCUUGUUGGUUUUUUCACUUAGGAGUAAGAAAUAGCUGUUCAGUUUUGUUCCAAAGGAAAAAGAAACGUGAUACUCUCGUCGCGUCGUCGCGUCGUCUCGAUUCAGCCGGGCGCGAUCACGCGCGUGUACAGAGACAAUAAUUUCCGCCGUAAAAAAAAAAAAAAAAAAGAUA